AACUCUUUUGAAAAACCUUAAGAAAAAAGAGUAUUGUGGAGAAACAAUGACACCUGUGUGACCACAAACCAAUUUUCUCUAGCACUAUUGUGAUAAGACAUAAUGUUGUGGAUAAAUAUUGCAAUGCUAAUAUACAUGUAAAUAAAAAUACUUCUCAUAAACAUACUUUUGAGGUUCAUUCUUAGUAUUCUUACUUAUCUAUAAUGUAUUAUAAGAAGAGCUAUGAUCUAUCAUUUUUUAUCAGAAAAACUGUUAGCGGUAACUUUUCUGCAGAAAAGAGGAAAUUUUUCUAUAAUGUGCUAUUGUUUGCUUAGCUGGUGAGCAGAUUUGAAAUGGAUUUUCUCUGUUUCUUACUGCCUUUCAAAAGGUGUAUUUCUGACUUGCAUUUGAGAAUUACCAUAAAUUGUUACAAGCUUUGAAAACAUAUGGUUUAUAUAUAGAACUGUAAAAAGGUUCAAAAACCAGCCCUUUUCCCUUUUAGCUCAUCCUUCCCCUUUCCUAUGGUCAGGGCAGAAAUAUAGGUCUAAAAUGUCCAAUUGACUGAUAGGGCUAAAGCUCUCGGCUGUUUAUUCAGAUGUCGGGACAAAACUGUAUGGCUAACAAUGUAAGGUUAAUCCAAAUGGUCUCGCAUAUAUUUUAGAAAUACGGAUAAAAGCAACAAAUAAUUCCCAUUGUGCUUUACUGUCAAUGCAGAAUACCUGUAGUAUGGAUUGGAUAGUAGCAGGAAAGAGUAUGUGAAUAAUUUAGAUUAUAAGACCAAUGACGCAAUUUUAAGAAUGUGUUUCAUCAUAGUUCAGUAUAAAUAGCGUAAUUCUUCAGAAUUACGUGAUUUUUUAGGUAUGUGGAUUAUGAGAACUUUGAUAAUUGAAUACAAUUUCAAAAGGGCUCAAGUCGGUGACCUCAAAACGAGGUUCACAGAACAAUACACAGUGAUGAAGCCAGAAGCAAUAAAACACUGAAGAACGGAGACGUAAGCAUACUGGUAGGACAUGACUGAAUUUUCACUUAUUUUGCUUUGGAGUUCUACUGGGUUGUCUUCAGACACCUUCCCUUUGUAUCUGACAGUGUAUCGCCAAGAGUGUUAAGGGGAGAACCCAACAGUCUAGGGGAUCCCGGCAAAGUUUAGCACACAGCUCACGUAACGUCACGGCGUACUUCCUUCUGAAUAUGGGAGUUAUCCCUCCGAAAUGGAAGGAAAUGUACACUUGAGAGUCCCUCUGAAUGACUGGAGUUCAACUCAGUUCCUUCGCCUUUGUCCUUCUCUCCCUGGGUUUGGAGGCCACCUGUCCCGCAGGUCACACCUGCCGUCCUCACUGCGCGGCUCACCGGCUCCGGACCCGAGCCUGAGCAAGAGAAGACUCGCGCGCGCGGCCGCGAGCGGGCGGGGGCGGGGGCGGGAGACGCGGAGGGGCGGGGCCGACGCGCGCGAGCGAGGUGUGCGCGCCGCCGCCGCCGCGUCACCAGCGUGCGGCACGUGCCCGUGUUUACGUCCCUCGUGGAGCCGCUACGUCAGCAGCCGAAUGGCAACAUUGUGGCGAUACUGAGGCUCCGCGCUCUAGAGACGCGUCCCUUCGUCAGGCCGGCUCCAGGCUGUCGGGAAGGAGAGGAGGAGGGGCCCGGAGAUCCGCCAGGGCGAGCGGCGGAGGCUCGCAAGCUCAGGGCCCCGACCACCCACCCGCCCGGCCGGCCCCGCGCCACCCGCGCCUCACCUCCGGAGCGCCGCAGACUCAGCCCCGCGGCCUCGCUCGUGGGGCGGCCCGGGCGGGCGCGGGGCUUGUAAACAGACCCAGCCGCACGUGACCAUGUGAACUACCUGCUCCGGGGACGCGCAUUGUCUUUCCCGCGAGCCGCGCCACAAAGGAGCGCGACGAGUCCGAGGACGAAGAGACAGGCGAGCGAGCGGGGAGAGCCGGCCGGCGCGCUAAGAUGGCUGAAGGCGCCCGGCGAGGGUGAGUGGGGGGCGCGGCGCAGUCAGCCGGCGAGUCCUCCCGCGGGCAGGGCCAGCGGCGCCUUCCCCGCGGCCUGGCGCCGGAGCCACCAUGUCGUUCGCGCUGGAGGAGACGGUCGAGUCGGACUGGGUGGCCGUGCGGCCCCACGUAUUCGACGAGCGCGAGAAGCACAAGUUCGUCUUCAUCGUAGCCUGGAACGAGAUUGAGGGCAAGUUUGCCAUAACCUGCCACAACCGGACGGCCCAGAGGCAGAGGAGCGGCACCCGGGAUCAGGCGGGGGCGCGAGGCGGUGCCGAGUCAGGCGCGCUCGCAUCCGACGGGACUCGCGGGCCGGGCAGCCCGGCGGGCAAGGGUCGGUCCGAGGCCACUGCCUCCGCGACUCUGGGCAGGAGCCCCCGGUCCCGGAGGCGCCCAGCCUGGCCAGAGGGCAGCUCUCCGCGGAGCGCGUGCAGCCUUCGAGGGGACCCAUCGCUGCGGAGUCCGGCCGGCAAAGGGGCGGAGAGUCCUCUCCGGAGCCCGGUGAGGGCCAGCCACAGCCCGGUCCGGAGGGCCUCCGGAGGCAGAGAUGUGGCGGGGUCCGCCGCUGCGGCAGCCCCGCCGGCGGCCAAGGAGGCCCCGAUGUCGUCGGUGCGGGUAGUGAGCGCCUGCGGGACGGUCACCGAGGAGAUCGAGGUGCUGGAAGUGGUGAGGGAAGAUGAGGCGGCGCCGGCGCUGUCGGCCGCGGAGCAGCCACCGCCGGCCGCCGAACUGGAGUCUCCGGCCGAGGAGUGCAGCUGGGCCGGGCUCUUCUCCUUCCAGGAUCUGCGCGCCGUGCACCAGCAGCUGUGCUCCGUGAACUCGCAGCUGGAGCCGUGCCUGCCGAUGUUUCCGGAGGAGCCGUCGGGCAUGUGGACGGUGCUGUUCGGGGGCGCCCCGGAGAUGUCCGAGCAGGAGAUCGACACGCUGUGUUACCAGCUCCAGGUUUACCUGGGCCACGGCCUGGACACCUGCGGCUGGAAGAUCCUGUCCCAGGUGCUGUUCACCGAGACCGACGACCCGGAGGAGUAUUACGAAAGCCUGAGCGAGCUGCGGCAGAAGGGCUACGAAGAAGUGCUCCAGCGGGCCAGGAAGCGCAUCCAGGAGCUCUUGGAUAAGCACAAGAAUACGGAGAGCAUGGUAGAGCUUCUGGACUUGUAUCAGAUGGAGGACGAAGCCUACAGCAGCCUUGCAGAAGCCACAACUGAGCUCUAUCAGUAUUUACUGCAGCCAUUCCGAGACAUGCGAGAACUUGCUAUGCUACGAAGACAGCAGAUCAAGAUUUCUAUGGAAAAUGACUACCUGGGCCCCCGAAGAAUUGAAAGUCUACAAAAAGAGGAUGCUGACUGGCAGCGGAAAGCCCACAUGGCCGUGCUGUCCAUUCAAGAUCUUACCGUCAAAUACUUUGAAAUAACAGCUAAAGCUCAAAAAGCUGUGUAUGAUCGAAUGCGAGCAGAUCAGAAGAAAUUUGGUAAAGCGUCAUGGGCAGCAGCCGCUGAACGUAUGGAAAAACUUCAGUAUGCAGUUUCUAAGGAGACUUUGCAGAUGAUGAGAGCUAAAGAGAUCUGUUUGGAACAGAAGAAACAUGCUCUAAAAGAAGAGAUGCAGAGUCUACAGGGUGGUAAGGAAGCCAUAGCUCGAUUGGAUCAGUUAGAAGCUGAUUAUUAUGAUCUGCAACUUCAGUUGUAUGAAGUGCAAUUUGAAAUCUUGAAGUGUGAAGAGUUGCUGUUGACAGCACAGCUGGAAAGCAUCAAAAGACUUAUAUCAGAAAAGAGAGAUGAAGUGGUAUACUAUGACACUUACGAAAGCAUGGAGGCCAUGCUGGAGAAGGAAGAGAUGGCAGCGUCUGUGCAUUUUCAGAGAGAAGAACUUCAGAAACUUCAGCAGAAAGCACGCCAGCUGGAGGCAAGACGUGGACGGGUUUCGGCCAAGAAAGCAUACCUCAGAAAUAAAAAGGAAAUUUGUAUUGCAAAACACAAUGAAAAAUUCCAACAGCGCCUUCGGAGUGAAGAUGACUAUAGAACCCACCACACAGUACAACUAAGAAGAGAUAAAUUACAUGAUGAAGAAGAAAGAAAAAGUGCCUGGGUUAGCCAAGAAAGACAGAAAACACUGGAUAGACUUCGAAAUUUUAAACAGAGAUACCCAGGCCAGGUCAUACUUAAAUCAACCCGAUUGCGACUGGCUCAUGCAAGAAGAAGAAGUACAGCCAGCCCGGUGUCCUGUGAAGACCAGUGUGACAGCCUGCCAGGAGUGCUCCAGGUCGAAGAGAAAAGGGAGGGAGUGGACGAAGGAAGGGCCAAGCUCAGGUCAUCACAGGCAGCAGACGCCCAGAGCCUCACCCCACCUGAAGGUCAUCCGUCAGCACAACUUGAAGCCACCUCAUCACUUCCCAGCGGCUUUACCGCUGAGCUGCCUCCCCCUGUGUCUCGUCCACUGUUAAACACUGUUGACUGCAGAGCAGGCUCUGUCCCAGCGGGGCCGCUCCCACCCCCUCUGCCUCCCACGCCUCCCCCGCCCCCCCCGCCCCCCCCCCCCCCACCGCCACCUUUGCCCGUGGGUCAGGACGGCGCCCCCGAGACCCUGGAGAAAGGCCUGCCCCAGAUGGAAGGGAGCGAGAAGAGGAUCCCGAAGUCAGCCAGUGCCCCUUCAGCACACCUCUUCGACAGCAGCCAGCUCGUCAGCGCCAGGAAGAAGCUCAGAAAGACGGCUGAAGGCUUGCAAAGGAGGAGAGUGAGCUCACCCAUGGAUGAGGUGCUAGCUUCCUUGAAGCGUGGUAGUUUCCAUCUGAAAAAGGUUGAACAGCGAACUCUGCCUCCUUUUCCUGAUGAAGAUGAUAGUAAUAACAUCUUGGCACAAAUAAGAAAGGGGGUAAAAUUGAAGAAGGUACAGAAGGAAGUCUUGAGAGAAUCCUUCACGCUUCUGCCUGACACAGACCCUCUAACACGGAGCAUCCAUGAAGCUCUUAGAAGAAUCAAAGAAGCAUCCCCUGAAUCAGAGGACGAAGAGGAGGCUUUGCCUUGCACAGACUGGGAAAACUAACAAGUAACUCAACAGAAUGAAAAAAACACCUACAGUUGAACAUUGGCUCUUGAAAAACUGUAAACAUUUGGUUCCACGAUUGGAUUCUGUUAGAUCCCAAAUGUGUUGGCUCAGUGGUGUGAAAAAGGAAGCACAACGGGCAAGUUGCCGCUUUCCCAGUCAUUCCAGUAGAUGGUGGUUUACCUGAGUUUUAGAUGUGCAAUGUUCCUGACUGCAGCGAAGAAACGGCCUCUGAAGAUUCCUGUGUUUAAGCACCUUCCCCACCUGUCCACCCGUUUACAUCCUUACAGUGGCCAGUAAAGCUCGGGGUCGCCAUGAGUUGGAAGAAACACUGGGUUGACGGAUCUACUGUGAGCUGUGUUGAGACUGCUUUAAAAUCUGUCGUUCAGUGCACUGAAUAGUCACCUGCCCAAGAUACAGAGCUUGUUCUGUAUCAGCUUAAAUAGUGUAACCCUCUGAAGAAGAAGUUAAUUGUGAUAGCUAUAGGGUAGGAAUUGGAAGAAUCAGAUGGAAAUGCACUGACAAUUCCCACGUUAUUCAUCUCCAAGAGAUUUUCAUAAAGAUGCUCAGCAACAUCUGAAAAGAUACACGACCAUGGAGAUACACCUAUAACUGUGUUUACCACAACGUGAUACAUUUAACAUGGCCUAUUUUUAGAAGCCCACACACGUAACAGUUUGUAAAGUUUCAAAGUAACAAUUUCCAUGCUUUUAAAUAGCUCUUCAUAAUUGUGAAUUUAUAAUAGUUUGAAUUUUAUGUGCAGCUUUGUUUAUGAGAAGCAAUACUUUGUAAUUUGAUAAUAUUUCAAAUUAUUUUUAGCCUUUUCAUUUGAACUAUUGCUUGAUUACUGUAACUCAACAUGACUUUCCUAUUGAGAAUCAAAAAUUAGGAUUCAAUAGUAGGGAUGCAGAUCUUAAGUCCUUCUCAUACAGAUCAUUAAAGUUUUUAUUUUUAUGUUCCACAGUGGGAGAAAAACAUGCUCUACAAAUGUGCAGAAAGUAGACAGGCAGAAAAGCCUCUUUGUCUGGCAUUUCACACUUCACAUGCUUUGAGUUGAAUUUCAGGAGACAGCUUUCGUUAUUGUCAAUAAAUUUUUAAACAUACAUAUGUAGCUCUAGGUGCUGAUUUUGCUGUAAUGGAAUCCUGAAGAAUGCAUGGAGCCGACAUGAAUUCUUAGCAGGACUGCUGUGGGCUUGAAUGAAGGUAGAUAUGCUGGAUCUCAGUUUACAGUACUCCGUAAGUGUGAUUCUGUAUAAGACAGGUCUUCACCUGUACAUGAAUAGCUGAUGUACCAAAAUGAACUUUGAGGCAGUUCUCUGGCCUAGACCCAGAAAGCAGUCCUAGAGUAAAAGUCCUCCAACGUAUCUGCGUUGGUGAUCCUGAAGAAAAAUUAUGCUCACACCUUUGUCACUUGAAAAUGUUAUUUCUUUUAAUAUAAUUAUGGAGAUAAUUUUCUGUCAACAGGUUAUAUAAAAAUCUGUUUAAAUGUUGAAAAUAUAUUUAUUGAUGAGACUAUGAGCACUGUCACAAUAUAUUGGCUUUAUUCUAGCAUCAUUCUCAUACCUUGUCUGAGAAUAUUAGAAAUACAGAUUUAAUAUAGUUAACUCAGUCUCCUGAUUACAGUGGAGGUGGGUUAUAGAUUUUUGUAACACACCUUCAGCAAUGUAUUGAAACAUGCCUUUUAACCUAAUGAUUGAUUUGAUUGAUAUAUUUGAAAAAAAAUAUUUUAGCACAUUUGCAAAUCUUAAAUCAUGUAUCAAUUUUAUGUCUUUGAAUGCUUGUUCAUAUCAUGUUUUGGGGUUUGUUUCAUUUAUUGACAUUUAGAAAAAUACAGAAGGAUCUGGCGUCAUAUUAACAGCAGAAGCACUGGAACUUUCAUAUGUCUAGAGGGAACUGCUACCCACUUAGCAUUACAGCUGGGGUUCCAUCAAGAGGCAGUGCUCCCUUUUAAACGGGUCUUGUAACCUGUUUUCCUGAGCCAUGUUGUAAUAAAUCUCUAGCAGAUGAUGCAGGGUGUUCAGAACCAUGUGAAUCCUUGAGGAGUGAAUCCAUGGCUGUAAGCACAAGCCACCCUGGCACUCUGUGAAGGUUGUCCUCAUACCUGAAGAUAGGAGGUGAAAGCAGAAUCUCACUAGCAGCCCCCAAUGGCCAUUCUCUGGUAACAACUUUCUCCAACACCCCUCCUCCAGAUGCAGGUUCCUCCUUCCACAAAAUUACAUGUUACUGGAGGUCAUCAACCUUCCGAGUUCUCACAAAUAAUAGAGUUUCAGAUAACUGCAGUCCGUUUGUCCAAUGGAAUCCUCAUGUUAAUUAAAAAUCAGUUUCAGAGCCCCCCCAAAUCUAUAUCAAUGUAAAUAUGGUUUCCUUUUUAUCUUUGCCCCUAAAAAAAUGAACAUCUCUGCCCUUAGUAUAAAUUUGAAUAUAUUUAGGUAGGACGGUGCUUAUAUAUGAUCGUGUUUCCAGUUCCAAAUUUGCCCAUACUACUAAUGUGGUUUAUUUGACAGUUAUAUUGCUGUUAAUAUAUCAUUUCCAUGUCAAAAAUCCCCAGACAGCUGCUUGCUUAUACUGAAUCAAUUUAUAAGUUAACUUACCAAUCUAGUCUCAACUCAGUAUACUUAAAAUAGGGAAACAAGUAGGUGGUGACUUAGUUGUUUGGAGGUUAAUGUUACUGCUCACUUGACUGUCAAUUUUAAAUAUUUCUUUUACUAAUACAACUAAAAUUAUGUACAUAUAAUCAAUGAGGCCUGUAUAGAAAAGGUAUUCCUAAUGGUUUAAAAUUCUAAUGGUACUGUAGUGUAGCAGCAGUGCGUGGAAGAAAUACCUGGCUAAAGAAGAAUUUUAAAAGAUGAGAAUUGCUCACUUAGAGUAUAUUUUACAGGCUGAGUCUGUGAGCAGCAUAAAAACAAUCAUUCUUUAGUUCUUCGUUGUAGAACUGGUACAUUUCUAUACAAUGCACAGUUGAUCAGGAGUAGUAUUUCCACAGUGAAAAAUAUGGGGGCUUUUCUUAUUAUAUGGACACAGAAAAUUUAUUACUCUGUUUAAUGAGGGAGGGAAAAGAAGCCUUGUUUCUACAAAGCUGAAAUAUGUAGCAGUAUUUGUUAACUCAAGGCAUGACCUCUCUCUGUCAUAAAAUGUGUUAGAUUGGAAAGCAUACUUUGGCCAUAGCAGACACUAAGAAUUAAAACUCUUGGAUCAGUGGAACAAAAAUGAAUAGGCAGCACUUUCUCUGUUUGAAAUGGGACCAGUAUUAGAAUUAAUACAUUUAAAUUUAUACAUUCCCUAAGACUGUUUUUAAGUUGCAUUCAUUGUGUAUGUAAGAAAAGCCUUUUCUUUCACUAAAUACAAGGUUUUCUUUUUAAACCUUUAUAAUUUUUUUUUAAACCUCUAUGACAUCAACCUGUAAAGUGCUCAUGGGUUGCAGGCCUUAUCAGGGAAUUGAAAUUUAUAUACAUAACACCAAAUUAUUUGUAAAAAGUCUUUUUGAACAGCUAUAAAACAUUUAAAAACUGUGGCAGAUGCAGUUAUCACACAUCCAUUUGAUAGUGAAAGCAGAAACCCAAACAAGUUUUACCUAAUUCUUGCACUGAAUUUAAAUAAUACAAAGUUAAAUGUGCAUUUUAAACAGAUUUUAUUUCUCAUUUAUUGGUUAGCAUAGAACAAUGCUUAGUGUUAGAGAGUUGAUCACAAGAUGGGUUUUAGGUGGGAGAUGGUAAGAGAGCAGAAGCACCUUACUAUGGAGCAUGUUGCAUUCAUUUAGCGCUACUGAACAAUUCAGUAGUGAUUUCUGAACUUUGCUGCAGAGUGCUCUUUAUUUAAAGCACAUAAAAGAGUCUCUGCAUAAUUGCUUUGUAAAGUGAAGCAAUGGUAUUUUUUAUCCUAUAAAUAUAGUCUAAUUUAAAAGUUUUUCCUACAAAAUGAGUUUAUAUUGUUGCCUAAACUGUCAUCUAUGUAAACAAAGGAUUUUUAAAAAGGCGAGAGAGGGAGUCUCGAUUGUGAGAGUGUGUGUGUGUGUGUUUCAUGUUUGUUCAUUGAAUUAUUUCAGAGAUAUGUUCAUUCUAAAAAUUUCUGUUUUACCCACAGUAAAUGUACAGCUUGAUAGUGGAGGGAUUUAAUUGAUUGAAUUCCAAAUUCAUAAGUGUCUCUCCCCCUCUCCAAACACAUGGAUUACACCACUGUAAGGUGUAUGUACAUAAAGUGCCUCUGAGGCUGAUAUAUUAAAUAUAUUAUCAAUGUUAUACUGAAUCUUGAAGCAGUCUUGUUUUGAGAGUAAGGAGAAAGUUUGGGGUUUUUUGGUCAGCUGUGACUAAGAGAGGCUCCAGUUGGUGAGUUCAGGAAAGUCUCUGGAAAGUGAUUUGAGAUGUAUAGAAAAGGUACGGGUGUUGGUUCAAGAGUUCAAUUUUAAGAAGGGAAGUUUUGUUUUUUAAACUUGCAUGUUCUAUGGUUAACUAUCAACAAGUUAUUCUAGCUUUUCCCAAUACUAAUUAUAUUGAUUUUAAGAAUUCUCCAUAAUCACAAGAUGACAUUAUCCCUUCAUUUGUGACCAAAGAAGGGGAGACAGAACAACCCAUGCAGGUGACUUCCUCCUACUUCCUCAGCUUGGACAGGAUCCCCAUUGCGCCACUGAAUUUCCUAUUGUACUGUAUGUCUUGCCAAGUGUGAAACCAUAAUAUAAUUUAUGAAGAACUGAAGGCUACCGAUCCUUCUGCAUGAAUAAAAAGCCCAUUUGGGCUAAUGAAACUGACAUGUCUUUUAGCCAUUCCGGUUAAAUGAAAAUUUUAAUGGCAAACCAGUUCACCACUUACUAGCUUCGUGCAAUAUUAUAGUGGUAGAGGCAGAACACUAGCCGUUGUGCUUGGCUUUUCAGGAUGGCUUUAACACCGUUACACUACAAUGGACAGUGCACAAAAUGUAUUGUAAAUGGCAGCUCUUGCAGAUUUACAGUACUUAAAUAUGCUCAGUUAACAUUCUAAAGUAUUAAAAGUACAGAGAAGAAAAACUUAAGCAUUUAGAGCAAUACUGCAAGAUCUCUGGUAAUGUUCUGACUGUUGCCUUUUGCUCUUUAGUGCAACUUUCUGCAUCGUAAUGACUGUAUCGCUGCAUAUUUCAUGUUUUUUACACUCAUGACUUCAGAGUUAAGUACUUGUACACCAAGUAUUGCAAUCACCUUUCUCUUCUUGUACAUGCAACGUAACAACAUACAGUUUUGGUGCUUAACAAUAUUCUUUUUUUCUUUAAUAAAAGAUAUUUAUUGAGUUAAGCUCAUUUUGUUUGUUUAAAAUCAUAAUGAUGGUAUAUAAUGGCACUUCCUUUCUAGUAAGAAGGAGCAAGCUAUACAUUUGUUUUUACAUGAUGAGCAGGGUUCACACUCUCCACCUCUGUAUCUCUGCCUCUUCCUGACCACUGUUUGUAACAAAAUACAGUUUAGGAAUGUUUUUAGCAGUCAGUUUGUGAUCAUCUAAGUUGGGGAAGAUUGUUGUCUUCACAUUCAGUAACAGGACUCUGAACUAGAGCCUAGCAGGUUCCCCGAGCCGAUGCUGCCUUGCUGCAGCCCUGGCACAAGAGGCCGAGUCUAAAUGGACCUUCACUGAUGGACUUGGGUCUCGGAUUCCACCCAGGGCCUGAGUAAGGGCUCCAGUCCCUCUCUGUACCCCACACAGCUCAAGUCAGUUUCAUCUCCUUGGAUAAUUAACUUUUUGUAGAUGGCUGUUUUUGUUGUUGUUGUUGUUUUUAAUCAGGGCUCGUCUCUGCUUGAGAAGAUCCACAUUCUUGUAUUACAUCCUUUUUUCCUUCCCUUCUCCCUUCCCCAGGCCCUCAUUUAUAAAAUGAUGGGCCAAGUAGGAAAUGGCACUUUUUCCGGUCUCUAGGGCUAAGGGAGCCAUUUCUCCCAAGGACGGACCUCACUCCUUUGUAUCCCCUCCAUAAAUGUAUACAAAAUAGAGGGCUUUGAUUACUAGAUGGCCUUUCUAUGAGUGUUUAGAGAAUGUAGUUAAUAGAAGUGCUUUAGCCAAAAGGACAGAAUAUCACAUUCAGCCUCAAAAUGAAUGGACUUAAUUCAAGUCUCGACACAAUAGAUGGCAGUCCAUCUUUGUGAAAAUCAUGCUGUGGCUGGUUUGGAAUGGGCUUACUCGGUGACCUACCUGGACAGCUGGAAACCUCACCUGGAAAUCUAGGCCCUGUAGAAUUCCUUAGUCCUCUGUGAUGCCGUCAUUCAUCCUGACCUUGCUGAGUUCUAUAAACUGGUUGAAACUUCAUUAAUUCUUUGCUGCAGGAAGCUGUGUGGAAGAGGUUUAAAAUUCUUUGAUGCAAAACCACCAGCAUUCCAUCACAUUCUGACAGUUACUGAAGUUUAAUCAUGUUUCCCAAACACUGUCCUUCUGCCAAGUGGAUACUCUCUGCACAGACACCCACAACGUGGCUGCUCACCAGGACCUUAGUUCUUCCUCACUGCUAACAUCUUCUCCUGAUCUUACUAAUAAUCUCAGUUGUUCACAAGAGCUCACCAGUUUUACACUCUCAUAAUUCUCCAAACUCUGCUAUUUGUCAGCUUCUUCGCCUCUGACAGACGGCUGACCCCUCUCAUUCUUCUGCAGUUCAGACGGGUCCAUCUCUAGGCAUGGUCCCCUCCUCCUUUCCCUCAUUCCUGCCUCUUUCUUCCACCUGCUCUUCCUGUUGCUAUGGGUAACUUCAUCAUCGUCAUGUACACUCAGGCCAGUAAGUGUCCUCCACCCUGUCAUUCCAGUGGCCAGGCCUUGCUUAUUGCCUCCAGGCUGGUUAAGGAAAUCCUGUACCAAUGCUGCAAGGUUUUCUGUAGGUCUCCUAAGCCUACCCCCAGUAUCUACAUUUUUAUGCUCAGCUCAUGCCUUUCCACCUGCACACAUGUCUGAAAUGUUCUUUUGGAAAGCAAAGCAGCAAAAGGAAUAAUUACAGAAUCAAAUCUUCACAAGUCAUUUGAGGCAUAAGAAAGGGAUUUAGGUAUUGUCUGGGGUGACAGCUACCAAGUGUCAGGGAGCUUUCCUUUAACCCUACCCCUCAGUUACUCCCUACAGCAUCUUCAACUUCCUCUCCACCCUAACCCUGUUAGGUGCCAGUGUGCUCAGGAUUCAGUUCAGACUGAGAAGAGUACUUCAUUUUAGGUUAAAACCAGGUCUGAGUUUACCUGUGUCAAGAUGCGCUAGAGAAACUCUUGAUCACUAAAAAUUUUCAAGGAUAAAAACAAGUAUCAACGACAUUAAGAGGUGACUUCAAAUAAAGUCAGUCCAGAAAAAAACCAUUAAGUUCAAACCUCUUGAGAGGCAACUUAUUUUAAGACAUAAAUGAGUUGUAGAGCAGAUUCCUUUGAAGUGCUUUGAGCACAACACGGGGCUAAUAAGCUGUAUGGACUUAGGAACUUUGUUACCUGGAAUGUAGGUCCCACGAGGAGUAUCCUGGGGACACAUACAUGGUCAUAUAUAAAACUCCUAGACCACUAUAUGUCUCACUUCCCAUGCGGUCCCCAAGCUGUAGACUCAUUGGUGCUGACUCAGCCUCAGCAACUUAUCUGCCUUCAUGUGCUGCUACAGCUAGGAAAUUCCGGGUGACUGCAGCCAGUUUGUUUCAAUCCUGAGUAAACGUCUCAGUCUAUUUAUAUGGUCAUCUGGAACCCUUUUAUAUUGAAAUAAUACUUUAAAGUUCUUUUAUCAAGUCAUUGCAAGUCUAUAAUACUGGUUUUUGAGGAAAAGCCUUGAGCAAUUAAACCUACUGCCCAAUUUCUGUCAGAAUAGUUUAUUAUCAAGAACAAUUAAAAAGUUAUUUAUCCCCAAGGGCACUGAACUUCCUCCACCAACGGAUGUUUUGUGUAAUCGAAGAUGGUAAGUUUGCAAACUACAAAGAAAUAUUGUUUGUAACCAUUUUCCAAUGGAGAGAAAAUGAAAUCUAGCAGGAAUCAAUCAUACAGUUAUUCCUAAAACUUCUUAUGAAAGAUUUAGAAUAAGAAGCUCUACUCUGAAUUUUUUUUGCAGAUAUUCUAUAGUGUAUAGUAUAUAUUUAAGCUAGAAUAAUAAAUUAACAUUAUUGACUUGGGGGAGGAGUAAGAUGAGGGAAAGUAGCCAACAUGGGCGUUUUGCUAUACAAUCAUAUUCAAAAUUACAUUAUGCAAAAGCCACACUAUGGUUCUACUGGAAGCAGUCCAGUUGGCAACAACAGCCCAUAAAUGUUUUAGGCCAAGAUUAUCUUUUUCAUGCUUUAAAGACCCAAAGCUCUGGAAUCUUCUUUAAGUGAAUGUUGAGUUCCAGUGGCUCAAAUCUCAAUUUAAAAAUUCUUUGGUCUCACUUAUAGGCCACUUCGUGACCCAUUUCUUUUCAAAAAUAGGAUGGCCUGCCCCUACAAGUGUGUGGGUCAGUGCCAAGUUUUUGAAGUGGAAGAUUAACUCUUCCAAUAGCCAUAAGAAGAUGCAACAGUAAUUUCGCUGUGACCCAGCACUUGCUAAAAGGGUUUUCCAUUUUAAUUAGGAAUUUCAAAUAUUACCUAAGCUUUGGUAUUACAUUAAGGUGAAUCAUCAGAAGGCAGCACCUAGAGUAUUCUCUCCCCAACUCCAGCAGCGCUCUCACUGCACUGUAUAGAAGCAUGACGAGUCUAUGCUUUGGUUUUCACAGAUAGUUGCGAUGAAGCAGUAAGUAAGUACUGCUAGACUUUACUCGCUGUCUUAAUACUUUGUCUUCUUACUCUCACCUUUCCUUAUGGUUCUAAAUGGCCUCUGUGUCAAUGAUUCCCAAUUUUAUCUGUCCUAUAUGCCUCUUCUCGGGCUUCCCUGGCUGCUCAGCUGUAAAGACUCCACCUGCAGUGCAGGAGACACGGGUCUGAUCCUUGGGGUGGGAAGAUGCCCUGUAGAAGGGAAUGGCAGCCCACUCCCGUAUUCUUGCUUGGGGAAUCCCCCGGACAGGAGCCUGGUGGGCUACAGUGCAGAGGCUUGUGAGAGUCGGACACGACCAGUGACUAAACCACAAGCACCACCGCAUCUCAGAAUACUAGAUCUGCGUGUAUUCAACUGCCCAGCGAUCUCUUGAUUUGGACGCUUCAUACAUUUCAAAGAUAACAUGUCCAGAAUGGUUCCUGUGACCCCCCCACUCUGUUAAAACCUGUAGGGAAAGAGCAAAUUAGCCAAGAUGGCGUGGUCAGGCUUUCUUGCCCCACAUUUUGUAAGGAAUGAUUAUGUAGCAGCUGAGCUCACACACAGCACUGCGCGUGUGUGUCACAGGGGCUCACUUCAUCCUGGCUGCUUUGUGCCGUAGGCCUGUGCGAGCUCACCUAAAAAGCGGUGGCAGUCCUGCUGCCUCAUGGCUGUGUCCGCUGGCUCAGCCACAAGAGGAGAGAAGAGAGCGAGCCUGCUGCUGUGGCUGCUGUGCCAGCCAGGAGAGAAGAAACGCCUCUGCAGCUCCUGCGCCUCCUGGAGUUUUCCCCAGCCUCUUAGCUCGCGCCUUGCCUCCCCUGGGUUCAGAGAACACUGCACGAGAUACAGCAGGACAACUGGCGUCACGAACAGGAUAGGCCAAACAACCCUUCCAGGUUUACCUUUUUUUUCCACACUUCAUCCAGUUCUGCAAUCCAGAGCCUGUUGGUACUCUUGCUGCCUUUCUCACCUUCAGCCUCCUUGUCCAACAAGUCCUGGCCACCCCGACUCCGGCAUUCACCCACUGCGUUCUCUGUCCCUCACCCCCACUGGUCCACACCCGUCUCAACCAGGCUACUCCUUCCUACUUGUUCUCCACGCAGAAGUGCUGAGAACGUGUCUCCACUAUAUAAAACUCUCCAGUUCCGAAAGCCUCAACUCUCCUUCCUGUGGACACAAGGCCAAAUGUGAUUCGGUCCUUCCUAUCAGCCUCAUGACUUACUCAGCUCCAGCAUUGUGUCUAACUGUUCAUUACUUUGGGGCCUUUGCCCAAACUGUCCUCUUCCUAGAAUGUUCCUUGUUUUAGUAAGGCCAACGUCUUUAUGUCCCUCAAAAUUCAUAUGUCCUGAUUUACAGUAUGUGUCCAUUUUUGGAGACCUUAAAAAUAAGGUCUUUAAGGUGGGCCUUAUUCCACUGAGACAGGAAGUGGGGAAAUUUAGACAUAGACACCCCUCUUUGACCCAGUUGAAAUGUGUGUAUCCUUGAAUCGGGACACAUGCAAGGAUGUUUAUAGAAUGCAUCGUUCCUAAUAGCCAAGAACCCAAUAACCCAAAUGUUCAUCAGCUGAUGAAUGGACAACUGAUAUACCCCUAAAAUGUAGUAUGGUCAUACGAUGGAGUACUGUAGAGUAAAAAUGAAGAUAGCUUCACAAAACAGUUUGGACGAAUCUCACUGACAAAAAGUUGAGCAAAAAGCAAUACUAUCUAGUAUACGAUUCCAAUCAAAAGUUUUUUAAAAAUAAGCAAAACCAUAGUGUCUAGGAUUAAUUAUUUAGGUGGUAAAACAAUAACCAAAAAAACAGGCUACUGGCACAAAGGUCAUGAUGGCUGCGCAUAUAGGGGGGAGGAGAGCUUCAUGAUUAGAAAGGCGCACACCGCUUUUGGGGGGCUAAGCUUUUAUUUUUGACCAGGGCAGUGGUGAGGUGGGGUUUGCUUUAUAAUAAUUCAAUAAGCUGUGCAUUUAUGUUUUGUAUUUUUCUGAUUCUGUAUUACAUUUCCAAUAAAAAAGGUGUUUUAAAAAA